UGUGCUGAUCCAUGGAAAAAAACCUCUAUACAAACCAAACUGAGCAUGUGACAAGCGACUGCACAUGAUAUGUCUUAUCAGGAGAUAAGAGGGGGGCACUGGAAGAAGGGGAGGAUCAGAGAAGACAGGAUCAAACAGUCUUUUUACACAAUGCAGAGGAUUAACCCCUUAGGUUCCACAGUGAAUUUAACAAGCAUGUUUUACUGCCAGGGGCGGACUGACCAUUUGGAAACUCGGGCACUGCCCGUGGGCUGGGGUCAGUAGGGGGCCCC